AUGGGAGAAACAGGACUGAACGAGGACCAACAAGAGUUUUUAGCUCAGUGCGAGGAAGAGUUUGCAGAGCGAUUCACGGAAAACGACAAGGAAUUUAUGAAACUGAAGAAUGAAACGCCAAGAACUCCACCGAUCGUAGAUCCAUGGUACAACAAACCUCGUCGACCUCAUUACGACUGGUCGCGUCAGAAUCGUGAACAAGGUCGUAACGAGCGCAGGAAUCAUCAUUCGGAUCGUCGUAACAACGAUAGGAAUGAUCGAUACGAUCGUCAUGCUGGAAAACAUCACCUUUAUCAACGUAAUUCGAGGCCAUAUUGA